AUGGCCAUCCACAUCAAAGAUGCCGAUGACUUGAAGAACAGGCUUGGUGAAGCGGGCGAGAAGCUUGUGGUCAUAGACUUCAUGGCUACCUGGUGUGGACCCUGCAAGAUGAUUGGACCCAAACUAGAAGAACUUGCCGGGGAAAUGGCUGACUCUAUUGUAGUACUUAAGGUGGACGUGGACGAGUGUGAAGACAUCGCCACCGAGUACAACGUGAACGCCAUGCCGACCUUCGUGUUCAUCAAGAACUCACAGAAACUUGAGGAGUUCUCCGGAGCUAAUGUGGACAAGCUCAAGAACACCAUCCUUAAACUCAAGUAG